AUGAUCUUGAUCAAGCUUUCAAGUUUAGGGUUAAGGGUUACGAUUCCUUGUCUUAACCUACAAGGAGUUUUUGUUGUUUCAAUUAUUGGUCAUGGUGUAGAAGAUUGUGAUAUUCUUGAUGUUGAUAACCAACAACGGAUGACAACUCGUGGUAACAUGCCUGAAGUGACAAAAGCAACUGGGAUACAAACUGAGUGGUAUCUUGAUAAAAUCUUGACUGACACUGAAAAUGGUGACGGCUUCUUUGACUUCCUCAAAUCCCCUGUUGCCGACACAGGUUUAUAUUUCAAGGACGAUGUGCAAAACUUGGUGGUGGUGGACAGGAUUAGUGCAUUGCCAGAUGAUCUUAUAGUUAGUAUAGUGUCUCUUCUGCCUCUAAAGGAAGCAACAGCUACUAGUGUGCUAUCUACUCGAUGGCGCCACAUCUGGACCUUCGUGACCACUCUCGAUUUUCACCAUGACAUUCUUUUCCAACUGCGUUCAUACAAACGAGUAAGAAUAGAGUCGGAACUUGAUAGGUACUUGAAUUGGGUGAAUAGUGUAAUGAAACAACAUAGAGGCCCAACUACGCUUAGGGUUUAUGCCGAUUUAAAUGAUCCCAAGUAUGAAAGUUCCAUUCAUACAUGGGGUCGAUUCGUAUCGGAAAAGAGAGUCCAAAACUUUGACUUGCUCGUUUCGAAGAACAGAGGUUUCCCCAAAGCUGGAGGAAACAAGAUUAAGGCUCUCUUUAGUGCUUUUCCCGAUUCAGACCAACUUGUAGAUGUGGACAGAUCAGAGUCGACUGACUUGUGCCCUAAACCUGAUAUUCUGCACCCUCUUUUAUACACUUGUUUUAGUGCAUUCAGUUGCUUGAAGCACCUCAGAGCUCUAGAAUUCAAGUCUGUUAAAGGACUUACUGGACAAGUUCUGGAGUGCUUCUUGUCUCAUUGCCCACUUCUUGAGCGAUUAACAGUGCUUCGCGCUUUCAAGUUGGAUAGUUUUAAAGUUAUAGGCCCGGCAAUUGCCUUGAAAUACUUACACAUCCAGAAACAUACCGGUCUAUUGAGCAUGGAGAUUUGUGAUGUAAAGCUUGUUUCAUUUUUUUAUGGAGGAGAUGCGAUAAAAUUGCUGCUUAGGAAUGUGCCGCAGCUUGUUGAGGUCUCCAUUUCUUCCCGCCAAGUUUCAUUUGGACAGUGUGACUUUCAUCAUCAGCUAGAGGUUUUCAGACUGAGGGGAUUUGUGCUAAACAAUGAGAAACAUGUAUUACCUACAUAUGUGAAUCUCAAGCAUUUGGAACUGGGAUUGAAGGAACGUGACAAUUGCUGUCUUCUUCAAUUAAGGGCUUUCAUGAAGGCAUGUCCUUAUUUGCACAAACUUGUACUGAAGUUUGCAAGGACUAUCUCUCUGGGUUAUAGGAGAAAAAUGGAGAUUAAGCAAGCUCCCAAAUACUCCCAUAAAUUCCUCAGGGAAGUGGAAGUGGUAGAGUAUCACGAUCGUACCGGUGAUUUCCAACUUGUCAAGUACUUGUUAGAGAAUGCUGUUGAACUAAAAAAACUUGUUAUCCAUCCUGUUGGAGAGUGGUAUUCUCGUUUGCGGAUGUUGAGGAAGUAUGGUACCCGAGAUACAGAGGAGGAAAGAGAACAAGCUACAGAGCGGCUUAAAGAACUAGUGCCUUCUACUUUAGAAUUCAUAUGCAGGCUGGAGCAACCAGCUUUCUAUAUCAGUGACUGUGACCAGUAAUCCACAUUGGUUAUUUAUCUUCGCAUUUAGCCCCUUUAAGAAUCCGGAAGAGUUGGGACUAUUAGAU